AUGGCACGGCCAGACUCUUGCUUCUACUUCACCCGCUUCAGAGCAGCAAAAAGCCCAAAGCAGCGGCAAGGCCCCGGCGCCGUGGCGCAUCCCAGCGCCCUGCUGAGCCAGGGGCCGGCGCCGCAGGCCCUGCCUGCCUCCCACCUACCCGUGAGAGUGUGCGAGGUGGCGCGGAACACGGGGCCCGACUCCUCCAGCGGGCUGGCCAUGGCCAGCUUCCGUACCGCCAAGCACCUGCUCCACGAGUGGCACCAGAGUAACGCUCAUCUCUACCGCGAGGCCUUUACCGGCUGCGAGCAGGCCCAGCGCGGCCGGGCCGAGGCCAAGGAGCUGGCUGAAUGUGCUGCUGCUACUGCCCAGCGCACCCAGCAGGACUCCAUGACCAGCCUGGGCCAACGGCUACAGGACAUACACUUCUGGAAGGCUGAGCUCCAGAAGGAGACUGAGGACCUUGAGGCCGAGACUGGCCUGCUGGCAGCCCAGAAGCUGCGGCUGGAGAGAGCGCUUGAUGCCACUGAGGUGCCCUACACCAUUGCCACUGAUAACCUAAAGUGUCGGGAGACGAGGCAGCCACCAGACCUGGUCAGUGAUGAGGUGGAGGGAGAGUUGCUGAAGGAAGCUGAACUUAUCAGAAAUAUCCAGGAGCUUUUGAAAAGAACUUUGACGCAAGCUGCUAACCAGAUGCGAUUAAACCAAGAUCACAAAGAGAUCUGCGAAAUGGACUGGUCAGACAAAGUUGAAACAUACAACAUUGAUGAUAAAUGUGGAAGAUACAGUAACCAGAGCACCAACAUCCAGUUCCAUCCUCAUUCAGUGAAGUUUGAAGAGAGUGCCUCAACGCCAGAGACAUGGGCCAAGUUCAGUCAUGACAACAUCUAUAGGGCAGAACAAGAAAAACUGGCUUCCAUCAGUCUUCGUGCCUUGAUUGACAAUAUUCUUCAUGACGUAUCUGAGGACCUGAGGAUGCAAAGCGCUGCUGUUAAUGAGGCUUUUGCCAAACACUGUGAGGAGCUGGACGAUGCAAAACACAAACUAGAGCAUCAUUUGAAAAAUAUCCUUAAAGAGAUUGGAGAACAAGAAGCUAAUAUUGCUGCUCUCAAACAAACUAUCAAAGACAAAGAAGCCCCGAUGAAAGUUGCUCAAACAAGGCUGUAUGACAGGUCUUUCAGGCCCAAUGUAGAGCUCUGCAGAGAUGAAGCACAGUUCAGGUUGAUCAGUGAAGUUGAAGAGCUAACGGAGUCCGUUGAAUCCCUGAAGAAAAAACUGCUGGAAUCUGAACAGUCUCUGAGGAACCUGGAAGACACACGGAUGAAUUUAGAAAAAGAAAUAGCUGUGAAAACAAACAGUAUUUUUAUUGAUAGACAAAAGUGCAUGGCCCACCGCACACACGACUCCCUUAUUCUUAAAUUAGCAGGUUACCAGCAGUAAUCUCAGUACAAACUAUGCAAAGUCUGAAAGAAAAAUGUAAUCUAGGAUCUCUCAUAUAAAAUACAUGGAUGGUGUUAUACACAGAAGUACUGUAUUCACUGUAUUUUCUUCUAUUUGGGUUAAAAUGCAUUAGUUUAGCAUUAUGGUGGGCUUUGAGUCUUGUCUUUAAAAGUUCUGUAAAACCUUGCCUGUGAA